AUGGAGCACCGAGAUCACAUCUCGAGUUGUGCCCCCGAAGUGGUGCCUUACCACGGUGGUAUUGAGGUCAUUAACGAUAAGGAUACACAGAAGAUCGCGUACACUACCGGCUGGCCACAGUACUCGGAAGCUAAGCAUGAGGAAGUGAAUAGAGGCAAGCAAAGGAUAUGUGGGCUGGCGCCGAAAAUCUUCUGGAUCCUGAUCGUCGCGUUGGUUGUGGUUCUUGCGGCGGCCAUAGGAGCUGGCGUUGGCGGUGGGUUGGCCAGUCAGAAAAGUAAUACCGACUCUUCUUCGCUACCAGCUGAGAAUAGCAUCUCCCCGACAAGUACCGUUGCGGAUCCUUCCACCUCGUCGACGGCGACGGCGACUACGACGGGUGAAACGUCGACCAGCACCAACAGUAAACCAUACGGCCUAUUGAAUUCCGGUUGCAAUGCCACGGACAAUCAGUACUAUACGCCCAAUAACCCGGCUGACGAUUCCAGCCCGUUCACCGUUAACAAUCGUACCCUGAAAUACAAAAUCCACUGCUACGAGAACAUCCCCGAUAGCAUGUCGUUCAACAAUCCGCAGAUCAUCAAGCUAGGACAGUUGAAAGGCCUGCGGAGUCUGCAGGAAUGCAUUAAAGCCUGUGCGACGCUCAACUAUGUGAUUGCCAACGCGUUGGGCGGAGAGUCGGCCGAAGUCCCGUUCAGCAAGUUGUGUAGCGGAGUGGUCUACUCAUAUCAGAAUUACAUUGCGGGUCAGCCGAUCAAUUGCGAUCUGAACAGUGGGGUGCAUGAGAAUGCGUCGAGGGUUUCGUGGACGGAUAAUCGGGGUCCGGAAACGCAUACUCAGGUCGAUUCGGCGAUCUUGGAUUGGGAGGACUGA